CUUCGGUGCUACAAAGACAGCAAAAAAUAAAAUAAAAUAAUAUCUGAAUUACAUUAAAUAACAUAGUCACUUUAUAGCCACAGUGUACAGCCCUUUCCUAGAGUUCUGGGUUGAUUUAGAAAAAGAUGUGUCAAUAUGUGUCAAUAUCCCCACCCCUCCCCGGCAUAGAUGGUGUUUCUUGCAUAGCUCAUCAUCUUUGUAGCUCAUCACGGGUGUGAAUUGCACAAUUGUGUACUUCUCCACAUUAGUUGGCCUGGUCAUGUGAGCAGGGCCGUCUCAAGCAGGCCGGGCACCCUGGCGCCGUGGUGCGGAGAUCGCUCUGGCGCCCUGUGCCACCCAGCCUACCCCUAGAGCUGGCCCUGCAUGUGAGGUUGGUCAAUCAGUAGAUUGACCAAAUGACAUCAAGUAUUUGAGCAGUUGAACAGCAGUUCCCAAACUUUUUAAGGCACUGCUGCCUUGGUUCCAUAAACUCACCCCAAGUGCCCCCUGCCCUGCCCUGCCCCUCAAAGGCAUUAUUCAGAAUAGCAGUUUGCAUGGGCCACCAACGCAGUAAAGUUCAAAACAGUAGCAGAAGUAAGUAAAUUUUUAUUUAUACCCCGCCCUCCCUGGCUAAGACCGGGCACAGGGCAGCUAACAUCAAAUGUCAAAUACAUUAAAACACAAUCAAACAAUUGAUUAAAAUACAGCUUAAAAAUUAGAAUCAGGAUAAAAUUAAAUGACUGCCCAUGAAAUUACAACCGUAGGGGUCGGGAACCUCAAGUAUUCAUCAGGGCCAGCUAUCCAUGUUGGUCCCACAUGAGCCGAUAAAAGGGCCAAAGAGGUAACUUACAGGGUCCCAUAGAGGGGGGUCAGUUAGUUGCACAUUUGUUCAAAAAUCCAAAAAGCAGGUUUCAAAGUGGGCUUUCUCUAGUUCCAGGCCAUGGAUGGAGGUGGACGAAACCAGGAAAGGAGAUUGACAACCAAAGGGAACGCUGCUUUGGCACCAGUAAUUACACGCCACUUAGUUCGAGUCUCGCCAGCCAGAUGUUUGGACUACAACACCCAUCAUCCACAGCCGAUGGGAGUUGUCCUCCAAAAUGUCUGGAGGGCACCAGGUUGGCAAAGCCUGAUGUCGCUGAUGUAUUGCUUAGGAAGAGGAAGAGAACAGGAAACGAUGAGACAAUAUUGUGAAACAUCACCGCCAGCACACUUGUUGCUGCUUCUUGGCAUAUGACCUUGUGGGGGAACCCUAAGGGCCCCCAAAAUAUGUUUUGUGUGAGAAACUUAUAAAGAGCCCCAACUGAAUGAGAUAUUGGAGUUCUGUUAAAAUCCUUGGUUCAUGAUAGUUUCCUUUUGUUCAUAAAAGACACAUAGCCCGGUUGCUGCUUGGUUGCUAGAAAUACCAAAGAUAAAACAUUUGGGGAGGGAACUUCUGAAGAGUAAAAUUAUGGGAGUCUGGCCGUUUCAGCUUACCAAGGACGACUCCCCUUAUGUAGGCUUGUUAUCUAGGUGAACAUAAAUCUCCGACUACAAUUAUCCUUUCUUUUAGUAUGUAGGCUUGUAUCUAUGUAGGCUUCAGAACUUUAGAAGCGAGGGGCCCUAGAAGGGCUGGACACACGUCAAGUUGCGGGCUGGAAAUCCAGAAAGUUGCAUCCUGUGAGUUUCUGCCAACUACCCUCUGCUAAUGUUUGCAGCGUUGAAUUCUUUGUCUGGGAACCCAUCACUUGAAGAGACAGGCAAACUAAUGCCAGUGUACUAGAAGAAGCAAAGAUCACCGGUGUUGAAGCAAUGAUUCUUCAACGUCAACUUCGCUGGACUGGUCAUGUUGUGCGGAUGCCUGAUGAUCGCCUUCCAAAGCAACUACUCUAUUCCAAACUUAAAAAUGGAAAGUGUAAUGCUGGUGGUCAACAAAAGAGAUUUAAAGACUCUCUCAAGGCAAAUCUUUAAAAAAUGUAGUAUAAACACCAACAAUUGGGAAACACUUGCCUGCGAGCGCUCCACCUUUACCAAAGGGCUUUGAAGACACUCGAUCUCAGGACGCAAGGGAGAAAUGUGCUAAGAGGAAGGCACGCUUGGCAAAUCCACACCGUGAUCAACUCCCGCCCGGAAACCAAUGUCCCCACUGUGGAAGGACGUGUGGAUCCAGAUUUGGCCUCCACAGUCACUUACGGACUCAUUGUUAAAACUGUGUUUAUGGAGGACAAUCUUACUCGGCUAUGAGGGAGUGCCAAAGAAGAAAGCCUAUAAAGGGUCCGGGGAGGGUAACGCACGCCCAUUCGGCCUUUGUGGAAGUGACCAUGCUGAACCUAUUUACUGCAGUAAAUAAAUUUUGGGCUCUUUCUUCAGCGCGACUCACGAGUAGUUAAUGGUACUAGUGAGACAAGCAGAUUUGCCAUGCGACAAGCUGAUCAGCUUUUCCUUAGUCCCCAUUUUUGGCAGCUCGGUUUGCUUGGUAUCCCGAAAGGGGCCUGCUCCGUCUCGGCACCCGAUUGGCAGCAAGUGCUUCUCUUUGCAAUAACAGGAAGCCCCUUUUGCCUUCCUAUCUCUUUACCGCAAUGCGUUCCCAUCCUCUUUCAGGCAGAUCCACCCUUUGUAUCUAUCCAGUUUUUUUGUCCCCCCCCCCACCCUUUGUAUCUAAUGGGUUUCGUUUCCCACAACAGACCACCCAGGGCAUGUGAUGGCUGUAACUUAUAUGAGAGGGCAAGCAGCCAGUCAAUUUGCUGAGAGCGCAUAGUGAGGAAGCCGUACCGGGUGGCAAGGAGGGGAGUUUAUUCUUAGACGUUUUGAUGGCCCAGAUGGACGGUCUACGUUGGGGCUUAUGCAACCACCUCAAGGAGGAACAUCCAUGGCUGGGGUGGCUUAACUUGAGGCUAAGGAUGGAGGAGAAAUUCGAUUCAGGGCACAUUUGAAGGUGGACUUAUCGGAUUUGCACUCUCCAAAACAGUUAUCCUUCCAACUUUGAAAUGACCCGAAUUUUGCAAUGCAAAAUUCCAACCAGGUAAUGAUUGCAAAAGCACAUCUGUUAGGAGGAAGUGUGUGUGAGACACAGACAAUAUCAUGGAAAUUAACAUAGUGUAAUGCAUUGUAGUAGGAAAAAUUGCUUCUGAAAAUGUGCAUGUUAAACUGCAUAUACAAUCGUACCUUGGAUCUCGAACAACUUGCAAGACGAAUGUUUUGGGCCCCGAACGCCGCAAACACGAAAGCGAUUGUUCUGGUUUGUGAACAUUCUUCGGAACCUGAACAUCCAAUGGGGCUUCUGAUUGGCUUCCUGCAGCCAAUCGGAAGCCGCACCUUGGUUUCCAAACAUUUUGGAAGUCGAACGAACUUCCAGAAUGGAUUCCGUUUGACUUCCAAGGUACCACUGUAAAAGCAUGGAUGAUGGCAGUUCUAGUCCUGCAAAAUCUGGAGGAGGGCAGAUUAGCCACCCCUGCACUAAUGAUUUGCAUUGCAGCAAGAUAAUUACAAGCUGAGGUGCCUCUGCUCCCAUUAGCGCCUGGGACCUGGGAGUGUAGAACUAAGGUGGCAUUCCCCAAUGUGGCGCCUUCAGGUGCCUUGGACUACAACUCCCAUCAGCCCCGGCCAGCUUGGCCCAUCUAGCCCAGCAUCAUGUUCUGACGGUGACUAACCAGAUGCCUGUGGGAAACCCACAAGCAAGAUAGCAAUCUUCCAACAACUGUGGUAGCAGAGCACAACCCUCUCCUAAUUGCCUAAUCCACGCAGGGGUAGGCAACCUCAGGCCCAUGGGCUACAAGUGGCCCACGGGGAUUGUUUAACUGGCCCACGAGCUGCCCUCAAACCAAGCCACCCACUCAGCGAGUCCCCAUGCACUCCGCUAAACUGGCACAGCAUGGCAUGGGGACUCGCUUCCGGGGUGCUGCAAAUCACGUCUGCGCAUGCUCAGAUGCCGAAAAUCAUGUCUGCGCAGAUGCUGGGAAUCGUUUCUGCGCAGAUGCAGACGCCGGAAAUCGCGGCCAUGCGCACUUAUGCGUGUGCGUAUGGAGGGAUCUCCACUGGAGUGAACCGGCCCGGGCGAGGUAAACCUUGCCGACCCCUGGUAAUCCCAUUUUAAAGCGAUCCAAUUUGUUGACCACCCCCGCCUCCUGUGGCAGUGAGUUCCACAGUUCAUGCACUUUCUUUUGUACGCCCCGUAUCUUCUGACAUUCCGCUCCACUGGCGUUCUUGUGCUGAGGAGGGAAGAAAAGCCUUCCUCCGCCCCCUCUUCCCAUGCCAGGCGUCGGCCCACCUCUCUUGUGCAUUGCCCUUCUCCGCCAGGCCCCGGACGUGCCCCAAAUGUCAGGAGCGGCUGCCUGUGUUUUGGUUGCCUCCGGAGCAGAGGGGCUGCUUCGGAGGCUGUGCCGUGCGACUCCUCCUCUCUUUACAAAGUCAGUGCUAUUAAUAUCAGGUAAUGAACAUAAUCUCUAGGUUAAGCUAUCCUCUUAUGCAUGUUGGCUACUCUCUCGUUCCCCGGGCAGGGCUCUCUCUUCUCUCCUUCUCUCGCUGUUGACACCACACCAGACUUUUUCGGGUCUCCUUGAACACUGCCAGUUUGUAGGUUUCCCCCCCUUCCCUCCCCUUGUGAUCCGUGGCGAGACCCACGUUUCAUUUCACUGUAAUGGCCAGAAUGCAUGUAAUCAACUUCCUAGGGACUCUUAAUUCUUUGAGGCUGCGAUGAGACACACACACACACACACACGCCACAAGCCAGCUCUCCCAGGGUCAAAAACACCUGGAUCCUUUUUGCCACUUCCACAGUCACCCCAGACCCUUCUCCGGCUAGGGGGAGAUGAACAGAUCUCCUGUAUAUUCAGGGGUGAGGAUUUCUGGCUGCUGGGCCCUCGGACCUGAAGGCAGCAACAGCAGCGCCGAAUCCCUGGACAGGCUGCUCCCUGCAGUGGGCUCCACGAGGUCGCCGCGGAAACGGACCACCAGCCAGUGCAAAUCUGAGCCGCCCCUUCUGCGGACCAGCAAGAGAACAAUCUACACAGCCGGCCGGCCCCCCUGGUACAACGAGCAUGGUGCGCAGUCGAAGGAGGCCUUUGUCAUCGGUCUCGGCGGAGGCAGUGCCUCAGGGAAGACCACCGUGGCCAGGAUGAUAAUCGAGGCUUUAGACGUGCCCUGGGUGGUUCUCCUUUCCAUGGACUCCUUCUACAAGGUCCUGACUAAGGAGCAGCAGCAGCAGGCAUCCAGCAACGAUUUCAACUUUGACCACCCCGACGCUUUUGACUUCGACCUGAUCAUCUCCACCCUGAAGAAACUCAAGCAAGGCAAAAGCGUCAAGAUUCCCAUUUACGACUUCACUACCCACAGCCGCAAGAAAGAAUGGAAAACGCUCUACGGCGCCAAUGUGAUCAUAUUUGAAGGCAUCAUGGCGUUUGCAGACAAGGAACUCCUGAAGCUUCUAGACAUGAAGAUAUUCGUCGACACAGACUCCGACAUCCGCCUGGUCCGGCGCCUCCGCAGGGACAUUGGCGAGCGUGGCAGGGACAUUGAGGGCGUCAUCAAGCAGUACAACAAGUUUGUCAAGCCAGCCUUCGACCAGUACAUCCAACCUACCAUGCGGCUGGCGGACAUCGUCGUCCCUCGGGGCAGUGGGAACACCGUAGCCAUCGAUCUGAUCGUGCAGCAUGUCCACAGCCAGCUGGAAGAGAGGAAACUCCGCUGGGAUAUGGCAGCACUGGCCUCGGCCCACCAAUGCCACCCUCUCCCCAAGACACUCAGUGUGCUGAAGAACACCCCACAAGUGAAAGGCAUGCACACAAUCAUCCGGGACAAGGAGACAAGUCGGGAUGAGUUUAUCUUCUACUCCAAACGGCUGAUGCGUCUCCUGAUUGAGCAUGCGCUGUCCUUGCUGCCUUUCCAGACCUGCACAGUUCAGACCCCCCAAGGGCAGGACUAUGAAGGCCGAAACUACAGUGGGAAGCAAAUCACUGGCGUGUCCAUUUUGAGGGCUGGGGAGACAAUGGAGCCAGCUCUGCGGGCCGUCUGUAAGGAUGUCCGGAUUGGCACCAUCCUCAUCCAGACCAACCGGUACACGGGAGAGCCAGAGCUGCAUUAUCUGAGGCUUCCGAAGGACAUCAGCGAAGAUCACGUGAUCCUCAUGGACUGUACGGUCUCUACAGGAGCGGCAGCCAUGAUGGCUGUGAGGGUGUUGCUGGACCAUGACGUCCCAGAGGACAAGAUAUUCCUCCUCUCCUUGCUGAUGGCUGAGAUGGGCGUCCACUCGGUCGCUUAUGCCUUCCCGCAGGUGAAGAUCAUCACGACAGCCGUGGACAAGAAAGUGAACGACCUCUUCCGCAUCAUCCCUGGUAUUGGAAAUUUUGGAGACCGGUACUUUGGCACAGAUGCGCCUCCCGACUGGAGUGACGAGGAAGACCUCCUGGACUCGUAGCAAGCUCCUCUUUUGUAAAGGAACCACUCUGGAGGGAAAGAGGCUUCUGCACUGCACCUUAACCCCCCCCCCCAAAACAUCCCCCAAACAUUUGCAAAGAGACUAUCGCACUGCACCAUAGUUUUUUCUUACUCAUCUUCCACCAGAGGCCGUGGCUGAGAGCAUAUUUUUUUGGAAAUGGAGAGGAUGGCGAGAGAUGCUUGCUGCCUUUUUUUUAUGUGCUCGAGAGCGUUUCUGAGCCUAGAGGCAAUGUAUUUUAAUUUAAAGAUUUACUAUAACUUAUUUUAUUAAAAAAAGAGAGAGAGAGAGAAUGUUUCAGCUAAGUUUCAAGUGUCUUGUUGAUGACUGGUGUCAAUCAUUCCUGACUAACCCAGCAGUUCAACCAUCUUUUGUGUUAAUGCAGCCACAGACCCAACCUUCGUCUCCUGGUGAAGCAGUCAAGGCAGCUAGUGAGCCUCGUGGCUAAGUGGAGAUUUGAACCCUGGACUCCCAGAUCCCAGUCCAACACUUUUAGCCACCACACUAGCUCAACCUUUUUUUAAAACGGUCUUAUCCAGAUGGGGUAGCCCUUAGAGAAAAAGCAGCCUUGAGUCGUAUGAUCCUUGCAGAUGCAAUAGUUUAUACAGGAUAUAGAAUACAGUCAUACCUUGGAAGCCGAACGCCUUGGCACUUGUACGUUUUGGCUCCUGAACUCUGCAAACUCAGAAGUAAGUGUUCCAGUUUGCGAACGUUCUUUGGGACCCGAUCAUCCAGCGCGGUUUCGGCGGCUUCCGAUUGGCUGCAGGGGCUUCCUGCAGCCAAUCGGAAGCCGCACCUUGGUUUCCAAAUGUGUUUUGGAAGUUGAACGGACUUCCGGAACGGAUUCUGUUUUACUUCCGAGGUACGGCUGUACUGGAAAUCGAAAGGCAUUCCUCAGUUGAGAGAAUGGCUUUUAUGUACAGAAGAGUUAGAAGGAAUAAAGCUGGGAAGGAAUGGAGAAGCUUUAGGGAAUUUUGGAAUCCAGAGUAAAAACUCUAAUUAAGAGCAGCACCUUCCACUUAACCGUAAUCCUUUAUAUGAGUAUUUUUGAUAUUAUAUGACCCAUUUUCCAGAAUUCCAUGAUUUGUGAUUGGGCUGUUUAUUCUGUUGUGCAUUGCAGUUUUGAUGCAGUUAG